AUGAUUGGGAUCAGCAAAGGAAAGCUUGGAAAGCAAUCCAUAGUGGCCCAAUUUGCUGUCACCACGUCCGCCGUAGAGGACAAUGCCUUGGAUGAGAAUAAACCCUAUGCUGAGUUUUGGAUGGGAGCACAUCCCUCUCUUCCUUCUUAUGACCUUUCCGCCAGUCGUUACAAGAUCCAGAGAUUCUGUACGACACUACCGUUUCUAUUCAAAGUUCUUUCCAUCAGAGAGCCGCUUUGUAUACAAGCUCACCCGGACCGAAACCAUGCCCAAGACUUACACGCAAGGGAUCCGCUUACAUAUCCUGAAAUAUAUAUAAUUUUAAUUAUAGAUUCGAACCAUAAGCCCGAAAUGAUUGUCGCGUUAACCCCAUUCGAAGCGUUUGAUGCCACUGCUAUGGAAUUACAGUCCGCCUGCGACAGCGCAGGAAAUGAGUAUGGUCAAAAAAGCGCUGGAAUAGCGCUGAAGAAGGCCUGGUCAGAGCUACUUACCGCGCAUCCAUCACGAAUCCGAGCGUGUGCAGAAGACUUGAUCCGCUUCGCGAGUAGCAGACCAAGAAAUGGAUCUCUGGCGGUCGAGCAUGGCAAUCUCACUGAUCUUAUCCUUCAAUUGAGUCAGCAUUACCCCUAUGAUGUUGGGCUUUUCGCCGUCCUAUUCAUGAACCACGUCUGCCUAAGCCCCGGGGAAGCUUUAUUUGUGAGAUCUAAUGAACUUCACGCUUACCUAAGUGGCGACGGCAUCGAAUGCAUGGCCUCAUCGGCGAAUGUGGUACGGGCAGGGUUCACACGGAAAACCAAGGAUGUCGAUACGCUCAUAUCGAUGCUCACAUAUGAGUGCCUGCCACCCUUCGUUGUAAGAACACCCACUCCCUAUUUGCUGGUGGAAAUGAGUUCUCGGCAAUCCACAUCGGUAUUAUAUGUAUCACUCGCCGAAGAGUUUAAUAUCAUCAAAACUUCCCUAGCGCCCCAGUUUGCAACGGCGAACUUCCGAGCGUUUCAUGGCCCUACAGUCCUGAUAUGCACCCAGGGAAGUGGGAAGAUUGGCGUAGGAGACCAUACCGAACCGAUUGAGUGUGGUCACGUCUUUUUCGCAGGCGCCGGGAAGGAGAUCUUUAUCCAGAGCAGAAGUGAGGAACCGUUAAUCCUGUUUCAAUCCUUUUGUGAGAUUGAGGAGUACAACUCCACAUUAUAA